AUGGGAAUUCAUGGUCUUUCAUUCUUUAUUAAAUCUUUUCCACGUAUUGUAACUAAUGUUCAAUGGGAAUUGGAUUCAACAUCAAAGGAUCACUUUAUUAUUGACGGUAAUGCCUUUGUAUAUCACAUUGCAUUUGAAAAUAGGAUCGAUUGGACUCAUGGAGGUCAAUAUGCAAUGAUUGCUCAGGUCGUUGAACAUUUCGUCAAACAACUGCAACGUGCUGGAAUCGAUAUGACAUUUUUAUUUGAUGGUGCAUUACCACAAGAUAAAAUAGAAACAAGAAUUAAACGACAGAGAUCAUACAUUGAGCGAUGUGUCACUACCUUUGCUAAUUUAAAACAAAUUAAUGCAAGCAAUAAAAAUUCAGAAGGACGAUAUGAAGGUAUUCAGUAUUAUGGUGAUCUUUUUCUUAUACCCCCUUUGACCUUGGAAGUGAUUAUCCAGACGUUAAGAGAAUUAAAUGUAAAGAUCAAGAUGUGUGAAACUGAAGCAGACAGUGAAGUAGUCAAGAUGGCGAUAGAUCAAACGGCAUACGUUGUCUCUCAAGAUUCAGACAUGUAUGUUUAUCCUAACAUAGGGAAAGGAUAUAUUCCUUUAGAGUCACUUGUUGUUCCAACUGCAGAAUCAAAACAUAUCUUGGCUAGCGUUUUCCGUCCUGAAGCUUUAGCAGCUUUGUUGGACAUUGAACCUUCUUUAUUACCUUUAUUUGGAACCCUCUUAGGGAAUGAUUAUCUAAAUACAGAUUUAAUAAGAUACCCAAUAAGCCAAUGGUAUAUUUUAGGGGGGAUCGCUCAGGUUGCUAAAAUGAAUUCAAGUGGAUGGCCAAAAAUGAUAGCUGAUUUUAUUAAAAGGAAUAGUCAUGAUGGAAUAGCAAAAAUAAUUAAAAACAUAGUGGGUCAGUUGAAGCCGGUUAUUUUAAAAAGUAACAUGAAAUUAAAAGAAGAAAAAGCGGAUCGUCUGGAAGAUAAUAUUGUAGAUUCAAUCAGUCGUUAUGACAUGACAAAUCCACUCCUUCAGAAAUACAAGCAAGCAAUCAUAGUUGAUCAUUCGAGCCCUUCAAGAUUACAACUCAUGCUUAAAAGGUCCAAACAUGAUUCAAUUGGAUUCAGUCGACAGACAAUGGAUGUGAUUAAAAGUAAAACCUUUUGGGCAAAUAUAUUUAUUGAAGAUAUUGAACGAGAAUUUAGUUGGGACGUGAGUCGCUAUUUAAGACAAGGAUUAUAUGAUACAAUUUCAAAUCGCUUACAAGAAAAAGAAGCAUGGAUGAUAGAAGAGCAAGUACGAGAAAAACAACAUUUGGGUACAGUGCAAAUUACAAAAGUAGACAUGGGACAACGUACGCAGAAUAAACCGGAUGACUUUUAUCAUUUUCACUAUAGUCAUUCACGUCAUUUAGAAUCUCAUAAUCCUGUCUUACAUCCACUUAUUCUUUGUAUGCGGUAUAUGAUCUAUCAUUGUUCUCGUUCGAUUCAUCAUGGACGUCUUUAUAACUAUGAGAUUAUUGCAAUGAUAAUAGCAUCCUUAAGAUCACUUGCUCCCGCUUUAGGCUUCACACUGGAGGAGGUUCCUUUACCCACUACAGGUAUUCCUGCCUUGAAAAAGCGAGCCAUUCAUCUCUCUGCGCAGUUUCAAGGUAUCAUCUGUUCAUCCCAUCUCCUCACUCAAAUACUUGAUAUUCCAGAUCAUUUUCAAAUACCUCAUGUAUUUUCGCAUAUCUAUAACGGGCUUUAUUUUCAUUAUUAUAUUGAAAAUGCACGCGAAGGAGCAAGUAUAGCUAAAAUGCUUUCUAAUCUGUCACCCAAAUUCAAGACUCUUUUCUGUAGAUUGUAUCAUUCUAUCAUGAUGGACCUUGAAGAAGAGGUCUAUAAUGUCUUUGACUAUGGCAUAACGACAUCUAUAGAUCAAUGGUAUUCUGUUUUGGGUAAUAAGCCUAAAAGAUGUAUCAAAUCUGCUGAUCAACGACCAGAAAAAAAGAAGAAGUCGACUCCUUCAACAAAGCUAACACUGAAUAACAGAAAUACAAAUGCUUUCAAUGUUUUGAGUUUUGGCUGCAAUUUUGAUGAAUAA